GGUAGUGCUCCUAAAAUAGCAUCAUCACAAAGCUGAGAUUAAGUUCAGCCAUCUCAAUGCUCAAGACCAUUCUACCAAUUGAGCACAGCCUACUUACUCCGUAGAAUCAGCCGUCGUAAAUGCCUUCCAGACCUUCAGUGGCUGCGCCCAUUUGAGCAAGAUUCCCUCGCAUCUAGUGACACCUCCACCAAUUACAACCCGGCCCAUCCGGAGAUUUCAUCACGUAAUCUAACCUUACCCUGCUGGCUAAGCUAGCUCUCAUUCCAACACGAGGCAUCUCACUUCUUCCUCUUCUUUAUGUUAUCGUAAUGGAUUUGUUAAGAAGACACGGCGGUCAUGGACACGGUCACGAAGAGGAGGAGCAUGGCCACGGUCAUGGGCAUCAGAGUGAAGAUUCAGUGAGACAGCACUUUCUCGCGUGUCUUUACUGGUAUGUCUUGGCGAUGGUGUUGAUAAUUGGUUCUGUCUCACGAUUGAUCUCUAUUUUCAUCGCUAAACAACGGAUAAAAAGAAGAGAUGCUGGGGCCAGUUCAGAUACGUCAAUCUCGACGGUAGAGAAGUUGGUAGAUGCGCCAAAGGCUCUUGCAUCAAGAGUAUUUCGACUUCCAGUUCGGUCAGCGAUUUUCCCAGUUCGCAAGACAAUCGUCGUUGUCGCGUACACAGCGUUCGUGGCGGGCCUUGUAACAUACAAGUCCAUUCACCACGACGCCAAUUUCCACGAGCGCAUUGCGUUUCGCGCAGCUUGGAUAACUGCAACACAGACUUCACUACCCUUCCUCCUAGCUGUGCGCGUCAAUCCAAUUGGUCUGUUACUGGGAACUUCGUACGAGAGGCUCAAUUGGUUUCACCGAUGGGCAUCAAGGGUCUUCUUCGCAAGCGCAACCAUCCACGGCGGCUUCUUCGCAUGGGAAUGGCUAGCCGCCAGCUUCUUCUGGACCGAGAUCAAGACCGUCAAGAUGGUACUCCCAGGAAUUGGAGCGUGGUUCAUCCUAGCUUGGACGGUUGUGUCAACCCUACCCUUCUUCCGACGUAUGAAGUACGAACUCUUCGUGGCACAGCAUAUCAUCUCAGUCGUACUGCUUCUCGUCUUUUUGGUCCUUCACGUUCCAGACCACCAUCUCUUCAGCAUCUGGUGCGCCGUGGGCGUAUUUGCAUACGAUGUAGUAACACGUUCGGCGAACCCGAUCUGGCGGAAUCUUCGGCUCCGGGUUUCGGCGAAUACAUCUGUACGAUAUGCAUACGACGCCAGUAUCCAAGCAGUCGACGACGAACUAACGGUCAUGACUAUUCGAAACGUUGGGUUUCGCUGGAAGCCUGGGCAGCAUGUUCUGAUUUGGUCGCCGACUUUUCGAUGGGAGACACCGCAUCCGUUUACGAUUGCUAAUAUUCCGGAUUCUGAAGACAAGAGUCAGGAUGUUCAGCUUACGAUCAAGACGAAGACCGGAUUGACGAGGGAUCUUAAUGAUUGGGCGAGAAGGACGGGAUUGAGGGGUGAUAAUGGGAGUAUGAGGGUUAUGGUAACAGGACCUUUUGGCACGGUGCCUAAUUGGAAGCAGUAUGAGAAUGUUGUUCUUGUCGCUGCGUCGACGGGAGGAUCGUUCACCACGCCUGUUCUCGAAGAUUUGCUUUCGACACGAUCGCCCGGGUGUGUUCGUAAGAUCAACGCCUUGUACAUUGUUCGUCGGAAGGCGCAUGCGGAACCAUAUCUUCAGCGUGUUUCGCGCGUGCUGUCGAGGGCGAAGGAGAUGGGAUUAUCUGUGAAUGUUCAAGUCGCCAUUACGAAGGGGGCUGGUACUGUUUCCGAUGCCGUCCUUCGUGAUGACGCGAACGCAAGUCGUGAAAGAUUGAUCGAAGAGCCCACGAGAGGACCGAGUGUCGAACUGGAGCGCUUCUCAAUAGACUCCAGUGCCUCGUCGGAGAGUGGAAGAGAAGAACAGUUGCUGAAGGAGGAGAUGGACAUGGACUUUGAUGGGGCGCAUGCCUCGGCUAUCGAACAUACAGAUGGUCGACCCGAGAUCACGACGUUCAUCAGAACGGCUGUUGGUAGUGUACCGGGUAAUGUUGCUGUCGCUGUGUGUGGCGGUGAUGCGAUCGAGAAGGUUGUCAAGACGAGUGUUGCGUCGAUGAGAAGGGAGAGGAGUAGGGAUGGAGCAGGCGUUGGGGACAUAUACUUGCAUGUUGAGCGAUCUGAUAUUUAAGCGCAGGUAUUAAUGUUAAUUUUGUAACAACGAAUGAUGCUUGACUCCUCGGUAGGCAAGAGGAGGCAAGAAAACUUAGGACCUCUCUUCUAAGUGAUGACAAGACUUAGCUUAGCAUACCUUGAUACCGGUUUAUUUUAGGAUCCUGGUUUAAUAUAAGAAGUUUUCUUGCUCCCUGGGGCCAGG